AUGGAUGUCCAUAACAAAUCAAUUUUCAACGACACUUUCCUUGUUCGAUCAAAUAUACAUCAAUGUUCUCCGACAAUUGUGACGUCAGAGGUAUCGGGCAUUGUAUUUGAAGAGCGAGAAAAACAAACUGUAUUUUAUACAACCAACACUGAUAAUCAAAAGGGAGCAUAUUCCAGUAAAACAUCAAAAGUCUUCCUGUCCAGUCCCACACAGCGGCGCUUCCGGACGACUUUCUCCAGAGGUCAAUUAUGUGAACUAGAGGGCGCUUUCCUACAGACUCGAUACCCAGAUGUAUUCCAAAGAGAGCUGCUUGCUACGAAACUUGAUCUGACAGAAUCAAGAGUACAGGUUUGGUUCCAAAAUCGGAGAGCAAAAUGGAGAAAACAAAUGAAAGUCAUGAUGAACUCAAAAGAUUCGAAAGCUGGUUUAAGCUCAUCUACGUCGCCUCAAGCAUGUGACUUCAAGUUCCUAGAAUCUGCAGCAAAAGCAACUGAUCUAUACUCCACAGAAGCACUAUUUGGAAACUUAACUGGAAUGUACUAUGACCUGAAGCCAAGUCUAUAUUACCACGCCCAGCCAAAUGACUUUGAUGACCAUCAUAGAACAAUAAGCCCACCCUUAACACAUGGGGAGAAAAACUUUUUGAUUUUGAAUUAACCUUUAUGUUUACAUGUAAACAUCUACU